AUGAAAAUGACUAUGUCCACGACGGCGACGAUGAGCGCGCGGGUGCACAGGAAAGUGAUACAUAAACGCGCGCACCCGGGUAAGUCCGCGCUUCCCGGGAAGAUGCUGCACGCGGGCAAGAUGGUCCACCCGGGCAAGGGCGCGCUCAACCCGGGCAAAUUCGGGCACCUCGGCAAAUUCGGGAAACUGACGCACUACGCACACACGCACUCACUACGCCCGCCCGAGCCCUGCGAGAACAGUAACGACAGCGGCCUCGGUCCGGACCCAGUCAACAGAUGCGCCGAAGCGUCGGAGGAGUGGGAGCACGGUGACAGGAAACGGCGGCGCGCUGACGAGCCGCCUGUUAAGAUAGAGUGCGACGACGCUAACGACGCGUACCCGUUCCCGCCCGCGCCCGCUCCGCUCGUCACGCCGCCCGCACUGCUGCCCGCCCCCGCGAUUAGGGCCGGCGGCAAGCUCGCUGGGAAGUACCCUGGGGGGGGCAAGCUGGCGGGAGUGGGGGGCAAGCUGGGCGGGAAGUUGGGGGGCAAGCUGGGCGGAAAGUAUGGGGGCAAGUUGGCGCAGGCGCUCGCCAGGCGUAGGGCCCUGGCCGCCAUGUCCCAAUCUGGACCGCCGGGAUUGUCGGCGCCCCUGUCCAGCCGAUCCAGGGACGGCACCGUGGAGCUCCAGAUACUGUGCCAACCGGAGACACAGCAUCGGGCUAGAUAUCAGACCGAGGGAAGUCGGGGCGCCGUCAAGGACAAUUCCGGCAACGGAUUCCCGAUCGUUAAACUGGUGGGAUACGAUAAGCCUGCCGUUUUGCAGGUGUUCAUCGGAACGGACGCCGGGCGCGUGGCGCCGCAUAUGUUCUAUCAGGCGUGCCGCGUGGCCGGCAAGAACUCGACGCCGUGCCGCGAGAGGAAGGAGGACGGCACCGUCGUCAUCGAGGUGGACCUGGAGCCGGCCAAGAACUGGCAGGUGACAUGCGACUGCGUCGGCAUACUCAAGGAGCGCAACGUGGACGUGGAGCACCGGUUCGGGGAGUCGCUCGGCGGCGCCGGCGGCGGUGGGACGCACGCCGCCCGCGGCAAGAAGAAGUCCACGCGCUGCCGCAUGGUCUUCCGCACGGACAUCCUCGACGCGGCCGGCCAGCCGGAGACGCUGCAGGUCUGCUCCACGCAGAUCAUUUGCACCCAGCCGCCGGGAGUGCCCGAGGUGUGCCGCAAAUCGCUGGUGUCUUGCCCGGCCACCGGCGGCCUGGAGCUGUACCUCCUCGGCAAGAACUUCCUGAAGGAGACGCGCGUGGUCUUCUGCCAGCGGCAGGACGGCCGCCCCACCUGGGAGGAGGAGGUCGCGCCCGACAAGGAGUUUCUACAGCAGACUCACCUGGUGUGCUGCGUGCCGCCGUACCUGCGCGCCGACAUAGCGGAGACGGUGACCGUGCAGCUGUUCGUGCGCUCCGGCGGCAAGGCGUCCGAGCCGCACACCUUCUACUACACGCCGCCCGCCCUCGACACGGGCCCGCUGCACUGCACGCGCCACCACGCGCAAGGAGCGGCAGCGGGCGCGGGAGCGGCGGCGGGAGCGGAGGAAGCGCGGCCGCUGCUGGUGUGGGGCGGAGGGGCGCCCGCCAUGAUGCCGCCCCCCGCGCUGCCCGUGCGCCGCCCCUCCCUCAUCGUGCCCGACCCGCACUCGCCGCUGGGGCUCAAGAGCGAGGUCCCGGACGAGUCGAGCCAGCAGUCGAUGGCGGAGGAGGGCUCCUGCGGCGCCGAGGGUCCGGAGCCGCUGCUGCCCGCGCAGCUGGCUGGCAUCGACCUGCGGCUCAAGACCGAGGCGGCGAGGGACAACGCCACGCAGGUGGGCUACGUCAGCGGUUACGACUCCAUCAAGCUGUCGCCAACGACGCCCACGCAGAGCGACUCGCCGUCGCCGCUCGCUUCUUUCACCCAGCAGCUGCAGGCCAUACAGAACCAGGUGCAGACCGACAAGAUGGUGGAAUCCGUGACCGCCGCCAUAUUCAACUCGGACAGCGGCGGCCAGAUCUACGUGGACCCGCCGAUGAUGCCGAUGUCUUCAAUGGACCAGAUGAGGCAGCUGAUGUCCUCCAAAAGCCCGAUAGACCCGUUAGAGAGCGACAUGAAGGUGCUCAGCCCUGAGCUGAUGAUGAGACAGCCGACCAUGCAGCCCGCGGUGCUCCAGUCGAGCAACGAGCAGCGGCUGAUCGUGUACAACCAGAUGCAGACGGGCAGACGCGAGGACACCUUCAACCCGUUCGGCGCCAUCACCAAGAUGGAGAUGGGGACCACUCAGAUCGAGCAGAGACUGGCGCAGCAGAGCGCCCACAUGGAGGCGCUGGUGGAGGACGCCAUGAAGGCCGCGUCCGCAGCCAUACUGCCGGCGGACGCGGCCAAGCUCGACGAACUGGUGAACUCGCGCGUCGACGACCACCUGUCGGGUUCGACCACGUCCUCGUCGACGGCGUCGCACGCGUCCGACGUGCUGCUCAGCCCCAACGCGGCGGUGGUGGGGCGCGCCGGCAGCGCCGAGCUGCUGCCCCCCAUGCCGGCCUCCUCCAUAUCGCCGGACGUGAUCCUGAACCCGCAGGUGUCGCCGAGCCUGCUGUGCGACAGCGGCCAGAGGAUCGUGAUGCCGUCGGCGGGCUCCCAGGACGAGCUGAUGAUGAUCCCCGACAUCCCGACGUCGGUGAAGACGCCGCCGGCGGCCGUCAAGUCGAUGAUACUGAACGCCGCCGCCGAGAUCCUCACGUCGGACACGACCAUGAACGCGCUGGUGACGUCGGCCAUCAACACGGCCAACAUCCUGACGACGGAGAGCGCGGGCGGCGGCGGCGGCAUGCAGGCGGCGGACGCGCAGCCGCCCGCCGAGCCCGCCUCCGAGGCGCCGCUCUCCGCCAUGUCGCAGGCCGUGUCGCAGGCCGUGACGCAGGCCGUGUCGCAGGCCGUGUCGCAAGCCGUGUCGCAGGCCGUGUCGCAGGAGAUGACGGCGCCCGUGCAGGGCCUCACCGACAUGAGCGACCAGGACCUGCUCUCCUACAUCAACCCCAGCACUUUCGACCAGGUG